CUGCAGCAAAUAUGGCGUUAGCGCGGUGUUGUGGUUCAGUUUGUCUCAGAAAACGCGUCUGUGUUGAUGCUUUUAACAGACAUACUGCAUCGUUAGUAGCAGCGAGUGAGCCCCUGAGUGAAAAUGACCGCGUAUCAAGGCAAUUUGUGAACAGGAACCCACGUAACUUAGAGCAGAUGCUACUAGCUGCAAAACCACUUGGAUAUGCGCUGGACAAUCCACCGCGCAAUUAUUGGCACAAGCUGUUGGUAGAACGUACUCAGAAACACAUCACUGCCUCAGUCGUUCACAACACUGGGAAGAUUGUUCUUACAGCGUCUACAACGGAGUGGGGCAUCCAGAAGCAGUUAUUUAGUAACAUUGACCGAAGUGCAGCAGCGAAUGUUGCGAGGGUGUUAGCACGUAGGUGCCUAGAAAGUGGGAUCCUGUUCCUCCACACCUUUUUUGACUCGGGUGAACUCGCAUCAAUACGUUUGCAAACAUUCCUGGAAGAAAUGAAAAAAGAAGGCAUAACGCUCAACGAGCUGGAUCCCAUCCUGCCGAGGAGAAUUAACGACCCGUAGCGCCUCUCAUUCUUGAUCUAGUUGGUAAUUGUUUGUGAAAUAAAUAGUUUUGAUGUAA